GGGAACUCUGCAAUGGCUCGUACCAAGCAGACCGCUCGCAAAUCCACUGGUGGAAAAGUUCCUCGCAAGCAAUUAGCAACCAAGGCAGCUCGUAAAAGCGCUCCGGCGACAGGCGGUGUGAAGAAGCCCCAUCGCUUCAGGCCCGGUACCGUCGCCCUCAGGGAAAUUCGCCGCUACCAAAAGAGUACGGAAUUACUGUUGCGCAAGAUGCCCUUCCAACGCCUAGUCCGUGAGAUUGCUCAGGAUUUCAAAACUGACCUUCGCUUCCAAAGUUCCGCUGUGAUGGCACUCCAGGAAGCUUGCGAAGCCUACCUGGUUGGGUUAUUCGAAGAUACAAACCUCUGUGCAAUCCACGCCAAAAGGGUGACCAUCAUGCCCAAGGACAUUCAACUGGCAAGGCGUGUCCGAGGUGAACGUACCUAA